GAAAAACAAGAUCUGCCAUCCUCGCGGUUUCCUUGGCUGCCAAAUUGCGAUUCUGAGGCCCGCAGGUGUGUUGGUGUUGCUGCUGUUGAGAUCCAGGCAGCCCGCCCGCGUGAUUGAGUGAUGGAUUCUGACGAGGAGUUUCAGUUUGAGAGUGACGAUGACGGGUGGGGCGACCAGCAGGAGGAGGACGAGGAGACCAUCAAAAUCGAAAACACAUUCUACGAAGCCGACGACAACAAACGACACGACCCACAGAAGGUAAGGUACACACGCACACACGUACCCUAUGGCAUGGCAGCUGGCCACACUGCACACAAGAGAUUGAUUGCAACACAACACGACAGGACAGGCAGAAGCAAAUGCAACAGAUUCAUGUGUGUGUGGACGUGUGUGUGGUGUGCAUGUGCUGUGCGCGUGUGUGUGCUGUGUGCAGGCGCUGUCGCAGUUUUAUGAGGUGGUGAGUGCGGAGAAGGCCCGUGGCGAUGAGAUCAACUACCGAUUCAAAGCCCUACAGAACAUCGUCAUCCUCUGCUGCAGACUCGGUGACGUACCCUGGCACGCACCACCACGACACACACGACACACACGUCCAUUCCGUGCAUUCCGUCGGUCCCUACUUACUCCACCAGGUCGUCUGGACGAGAUGGCCCAGCAGUACCAGGAGCUGCUGGCCCUGAUGGACAAGGUCACCCGCAACGACGCAUCCGACGCUAUCAACACCAUCCUCGACUCCGUCUCGGGAUCGGGCGCAUCGGCGUCCGGCGGCGCGGCCGGCAGCGGUGACCUCAGCAAACUGGAGCGGGUCUACGCACUCACACUCACAAGGCUCAAACAGAACACCAGCAACCAGGUCAGCUGGGCUGGGCGGGGCGAACCAACCUACCGACAGAUGAGAUGAAUGAAUGACACACAGGGGAUGGAUGGGUAUGUGCCGUGUCUGUGCAGCGUUUGUGGUUCAACACGAGCGUCAAGUUGGCCAAGCUGUACCUGGACACGCAGGAGUUCGGCAAGCUGCAGACACUCAUCCGCGACCUGCACAAGUCGUGCACCACACCUGACGGAGCCGACGACACAUCAAAGGGAUCCGCACUGCUGGAGGUACACACACACACACACUGCACACACACACUAAACACCUGGAUGUGUGUGUGUGUGUGUGUGUGUUGUCCGUGUCGCGUAGAUCUAUGCGUUGGAGAUUCAGCUGUGCACUGUGACCAAGAAUUCGCUGCGCAUGAAGGAGAUCUACCCCAAGACCAUCAACCUCACCUCGGCCAUCGCUGACCCCCGAAAUGUCGCUGUCAUCCGAGAGAGCGGCGGAAAGGUCAGCUCAGCCUUCAGCCUGCCCCCCAGGGACACUCACACUCACGCACAUUCAUGAGCUGUGUGUGUAGCCAUUGGCUGAAUGUGUGUGUGUGUGUGCAGAUGUAUAUGAGUGAGAAGAAGUGGCAGAGCGCCUACAACGAGUUCUUCGAGGCCUUCAAAAACUAUCAGGAGACCGGCAGCGGACGGUAGGGAGGCCAUCCAUGUCUGUCAUUCAUGUCAGGCAUGCUCUUCUUCAGGGGCGAGACAGCGUGAUGGACACACACGUGUGUGUGUGUUGUGUGCGUGUGUGUGUGUGUGUGAUAUCAGUGCUCGGAUCAUGCUCAAGUACGUGGUGUUGGCCAACAUGCUGGCCUGCAUGGACAUCAACCCAUUCGACUCGCGAGAGGCAAAAGUCUACCAGGUACCAUGACAUCAACACAACAAACGCAUGGCACACAACACACACACACAACCAACUCGAACCAACACACACAGGAGGACCCCGAGAUCAAGGCCAUGUCGGAGCUGCGUCAGGCUUUCGACAACAACGAUGUUUCCACCAUUGACAAGGUAGGUCAGCCAGCCAACCACGCCCUCCCUCCCUCCCUCCAUCCAUCCAUCGUGUGUUGUGUUGGUUGAUGUGUGGUGUGCAGCUGCUGACCAGUUCCCGAGCGGGCAUACUGCGCGACCCCCUCAUCAAAGAGUACCUCGAGGACCUGCUGCGCAACAUCCGGUGGGUGCGUCAGUCACUCGUCCACGAAGUGGACACAGAGGUGUGUGUGAUGUUUCAGGCUGCAAGUGCUGAAGAAGUUGGUGGCCCCCUACCGCACCGCAGGCAUCGACUACCUCUCCAAGGUACGCACACCAAACACGACACACGACACACGACAGACAGACAGCGUCUGCUCUGUGUGUGUGUUCUGGUGUCGCUCACGUUGCUCCUGCAGGAGUUGAAUGUGCCGAAGGACGAGGUGAUAUCUCUGCUGGUGCAGCUCAUCCUCGACGAGAAGAUCAAUGGAGGAAUCGACGCCACCGGAGGAUACCUACAGGCAGGCACACCCAUCACCUAACCCAUCCUCCCCUCUCACACGUGAUGUGCAGUGCAGUGCACCGGUGCUUUGGCGUGUUGUGUUGUGUGUGUGUCUCUGUUUCUUUAGAUGUACACGGAGUCGUCGUCGAAUCACAUGCGCUACAGCAAGUGCAAGCAGUGGGUGGAGACCCUCCAAAAGAUCAACAACUCACUCAACUCGAGACUCACCAACAUGGCAGGCGCACGAUAGAUGAGAUGGACACACACACACACACACACACACACCGAGAGGGAGGGAGGGAGGGAGGGCUGCUGUAGUGGGUGGGGGCAUCCCUCUGUGCUCGGAUCAAGCAGCAGCAGCGGAAGACAGGACAUCUGUGCAUUGGCCCGUUGGUUCGUUGGUUCAUUGACGUGAGUGACCGUCCUUACUUGACGAUCACUUACAUACUUGACAAACAAUGGUGGUGGGGUAGUGUUACAUGAGUACUGAAGAAUAAUGGAGAAGGUGUCCGUCGGACAGGGAGUGCUCGUGUGUGCGUGUGGCGUUUCUGUGCGUUGCAGCAGUGAGUGCGUGAGUGAGGUAGCUACGUGCUCUGCCUGCCUGCCUGCCUGCC